UGGCUCAGGCACCUCGAGCAAACAGACAUCCCUCGCAACACAGACAGACCAAUCCGGCCAUGCGGAGUGCGAUCCUGUCGUGCUUGGCCUUGGCCGUCACGGCCAAGGAGCUUACCAAGGAGACCUGGGACGAGGCAGUGAGCGGGAAGACGGUCUUCGUCAAGUUCCUCGCUCCUUGGUGAGGCCACUGCAAGAAGAUGAAGCCCGAUUGGGACAAGCUGAUGAAGGAGUACGAGGGCUCCUCCAACAUUCUGAUCGCAGAUGUGGAUUGCACCGCCGGUGGAAAGAGCAAGUGUGAGGAGGUGGGCGUUCGUGGCUAUCCCACCAUCAAAUACGGUGACCCCGAUGACCUCCAGGACUACAAGGGCGGUCGCUCCUUCAGCGACCUCUCGAGCUUUGCGAAAGGCUUGGGCCCAGCCUGUGGCCCUGCCAAUCCAGAGUUGUGCGACGCGGCCAAGAAGAAGAUGUUGGACGAAUUCAUGGCCUUGGACGGUACCAAGCGGGAUGCCAUGAUCAAGGAGAAGGAGGAUGAGAUCGAAAAGCUCGAGAGUGGCUUCAAGACCUUCGUGGAGGGCCUCCAAAAGUAUCUGACCUGACUGUCUAUACACUUUCAUUCACGUUUUUCGAAAUGGAGUGGAAAACCUCCUGUUUUGGUCGAGGACAGUCUUCCGUCCCAUUUUCCACUUCCAUGUUACGUGAAUCAGACACAAACCUCUCGGACGACCCGCCCGAAAUCGGUGGAUCGGACGACUCGGUGGGAAGGAGCGGUUGGGAAUCCACGACUUUUUGCGGCGAAGGGGCCUUGCGCCCGAAUGAGCAGACCAGUUGUUUGUCUUUGAAAGAUUGGACAAACUGGGCAUGAAGAUUCAGUACAUCGACAAGAAGGCAAUACCAGGAGGGCAGCGACAAGAAGGAUGCAGACGUCGAGGCCAUCAAGACCUCGGGCUUGGGGUUGCUCAAGGCAGUGCACAACUAUGCCAAGAAGCAGAAAGGUGAGCUGUAAAGCGCUCAAACCUUCGACCUCAGUGGUCAGUGGUUCGAUCUGGAGCUGAAAUGACAAGAUCCUAAAGCAUCCAGAGAAGAUUGGGUAUCCAUCUCGACCCCUUUGUCUAUCACUGCCCGAUUCGCAAGAGCAGACCGUGCACAGC